AUGCAUGUCGUGACCUCACUCCUCCUGGCCGCGCACGCCCUGGGCCGGGCCACCAGCGCCAUGGCCCUCCUGCGCAACACCUCGCCGUCCAGCAGCCUCAUCCCCUUCGACGAUUGGGGCCACCUCUGGGUCGCGCUGCACAACCGCACCGUCGGCCCGCUGCUAGCGCAGAAAUACACCGUCAUCGCGCCCGACAACCGCAGCGCCGGCGAUUCGUCCAUCCCGCCCGACAGCGACUACACAGCGGCAGCCUCAGCCUCAGACCUAUGCGAGGUGCUCGACUUCCUCAACAUCUCGUCCACGUACGUCGUCUCGCACGACAAGGGCGCCGGCUACGCCGCGGCCCUGGCGGCGGCGCACCCGGCCCGCGUCCGGCGGCUCGUGGUGUCCGAGUACCUGCUCCCGGGCUUCGGCUACGAGCAGGCCGCGGUGCCCGGCCCGUUCCUGGACCUGUACGGUAACUGGCAGCUCGCCUUCUUCGGCAUGCCCGACGCUGCCGCCUUCUUCACCCGGGGCCGCGAGCGGGAGCUGCUGUCGUGGUACUUUUACCACUGCAGCUACUCGGGCACGUCGAGCGUGCCGGGCCCCGUGCUGGACGCCUACGCCGACUCCAUCUCCAAGCCGGGCUUCCUGCGCGCCAUGUUCGGCCCCUUCGGCAACGGCGUCGUCGGCGCCGACGCGCGCUUCUUCAACUCAACCCUCGGCCGCGCGCCCUCGGCCGCGCGCCCUCGGCCGUCCCGACCCUGGCACUCGGCGGCGAGUCCUGCCUGGGCCCCGCCGCCAAGUCCAUCUUCUCGCCCGUAUUUUCCGACCUGCAGGCCGACGUCGUGCCCCAUGCGGGCCACUGGAUCGCCGACGAGAAUCCGACUUGGCUCGCCAGGAGAGUGGCAAGAUUCCUCGCCGACGAUCCGUCGCCCCUGUCCCCCAUUGAUCUAUCGGGUUUAGCAGACAGGAUCACAACCAACGUCGGGUACUUUGGAACGUACCGUAAUAUGGCCUUAGCGACGCAGCCUUAAUCCCUAUCGUUUUUAACGCUAUUAUUAUAAUUGAACGUCCAAAAUAAAAUAGCGAAAGUAAAACGAAAGGGCGAUGUGAC